GCAUGAGGAAGAUAACAGCCAUCUGCCGUGACGAUGAGGAGGCUGAGCAAAAAGAAAGCCUUGAACUUUGUGAAGGAGUUGGAUGCUUUUCCUAAGGUUCCUGAGAGCUAUGUGGAGACAACAACGAGUGGAGGAACUGUGUCUGUGCUGGCCUUCUCGGCCAUGGCACUCUUGGCUUUCUUUGAGUUCUUUGUGUAUCGAGACACAUGGAUGAAGUACGAGUAUGAAGUGGAUAAGGACUUUACGAGCAAACUACGAAUAAAUAUUGAUAUCACAGUUGCCAUGAGGUGCCAAUUUGUUGGAGCAGAUGUGUUGGAUCUAGCCGAGACAAUGGUGGCAUCUGACGGCCUACAGUAUGAACCUGUUGUUUUUGAGCUUUCUCCUCAGCAGAGGCUCUGGCACAGGACACUUUUGAUCAUUCAGAACCGUCUGCGUGAGGAACAUUCACUCCAGGAUGUUUUGUUUAAGAACAUCAUGAAAGGUGCCCCCACUGCUCUCCCACCCAGGGAAGAUGAUCCCAGUCAGCCUCUAAAUGCCUGCCGGAUACACGGACACCUUUACGUCAAUAAAGUAGCAGGAAAUUUCCACAUCACUGUUGGCAAGGCCAUCCCACACCCUCGUGGUCAUGCUCAUCUAGCAGCCCUGGUCAGCCAUGAGACAUACAACUUCUCCCAUCGGAUAGACCAUCUGUCUUUUGGAGAGGAAAUACCUGGCAUAUUAAAUCCACUUGAUGGAACGGAAAAAGUGUCUGCAGAUCAUAAUCAAAUGUUCCAGUACUUCAUUACCAUUGUCCCCACAAAGCUACAGACGUACAAGCUGUCAGCGGACACACACCAGUAUUCAGUCACUGAGCGGGAGCGAGUGAUAAACCACGCAGCGGGGAGUCAUGGGGUUUCUGGGAUCUUUAUGAAAUACGACAUCAGCUCGCUGAUGGUGAAGGUGACCGAGCAGCACAUGCCCUUGUGGCAGUUCCUCGUGCGGCUCUGCGGCAUCAUAGGAGGCAUUUUCUCAACAACUGGCAUGUUGCACAGUCUGGUUGGCUUCUCCGUAGAUGUGAUCUGCUGUCGUUUUAAACUGGGGGUUUAUAAACCGAAGAGUAUGAGUGUUUUUGAUGGCCAUGUGAACAGCCUGACGCCUCUUCUUACUGAGAACGCUGAACACUAGCUGGGCUCUCUUUAUGACAUUUAAAGCUCAUUUCAGUCACUUUUUUUCAAUUCAAAUCACUAAGUUUCAGGAAUCUGUUAAUACAUGACCUUAAGGGUGGUUGUCAUUUUUUGUCAUGGUGCUGUAAAGAUACAAAAAAAUUCACAGUAUCUUGUUGGCUGCAAAAAAUUAUUUUGGCAGAUUUCAUUUACGGCUUUUAAAAAAAAUUAAUUUGUUAUAGUAAAAAAAAUCCUUGCAUAAAAAGUCACAUUCUUAUUGCACUCAAAGACACCUUUUUAUUUUUCUAAACGCAGGUAUUUUAAUUAUAGCUGGAUUGGAUGAUAACUCUCUUUUAAAAAGAGCAAAAAUUAAAGAAACCCAACGACUUAGUUUUGGUUUGAAUAAAUACAACCUUUAAAGAUGUGGUAGCGUCGGGAACCUUUCAGACACGACCUGUUACAUCAGUAUUAGGAUCUGCAUGGGAUUUUGUGUGAUUAUCACCAACCACUGCCAAGGUCUCCACCUCAGGAUGCACUGAUUGUUUAGCAUCUAUGCGUAUUUUAAGAGAUGUUUUAUAUUAUGGAUGAAUGGCACCUGAGGGUCCAUUAAUGCAGUUAACUGUAUUCGGUUGAAUGGCUGAACUAUAAGGGAAGCAGUCUGAAAUAAUUAGUUUUGCAUGAUGACGGUUCAUGAUAAUUUUCUUGUGCCAAAACCUUUACUAGUUCUAUUAAGGUAAAUAUGGUCCUUGCAAUGAUUAAAUUGGAAGAAAAUUAUCCCCUUUUUUUGGAGACACAUUAUUGGUGUGAUUUGCUUAAUUUUGAACAUGAAGCUCUCCAGGUUCAGGAUGUUUUAUUUGUUUUUUUUUUCAGUGUCUCUUGAGAGUCCAAAUAAAGAGUUUCGUAUUCACCUGCA